UAGGAUUCGCGAAGUGUCUCUCCGGAUGUGUUCAUCACAGUCAGGCGGCAGUGAUCCAGCAGCAGCGCGGAGGUGAGCGAGUGAGAGCGACUCUCUCAGCAGCAUCAUGGCGGAGCAGAGCGACCCCCCGGCGGCCGUCCAAACCCCGCAGCCGGCGCUCACCAGCAGCUGGCCCAUUGUCAAGGAGGCGUACGAGCUCCAGGAGGUGAUCGGAAGCGGAGCCACAGCAGUCGUCCAGGCAGCGCUUUGUUGCCCUCGACAGGAGCGUGUGGCCAUCAAGAGAAUCAACCUGGAGAAAUGCCAGACCAGCAUGGAUGAGCUGUUGAAAGAGAUUCAAGCCAUGAGCCAGUGUUACCAUCCCAACGUGGUCACCUACUACACUUCAUUUGUUGUGAAAGAUGAACUCUGGCUGGUCAUGAAGCUCCUGAGUGGAGUGCUGGAAAAUACUAAUGAGGUCUUUUCCCUCCAGGCCAUCACUGCUGUACGGGGUUACGACUUCAAAGCUGACAUUUGGAGUUUCGGAAUCACUGCCAUUGAACUCGCGACAGGCUCUGCGCCGUAUCAUCGCUACCCCCCUAUGAAGGUUUUAAUGCUCACGCUGCAGAAUGAUCCUCCAACCUUGGAGACUGGAAUUGAGGACAAAGACAUGCUUAAGAAGUAUGGGAAAUCUUUUAGAAAACUUAUAUCCUUGUGCCUUCAGAAGGACCCUGCAAAGAGGCCCACUGCAGCCGAGCUUUUGAAAUGUAAAUUUUUCCAAAAGGCUAAGAAUCGAGAGUACUUGAUUGAAAAGCUGCUUAGUAAAGGACCAAAUAUAAGCCAAAGAGCCAAAAAG